CGCGGGGGUGGUGACUCGCAGAGCGGCGCGGGCGGCGCUGGGAGGUGGCCGCCGAGAGGCUUUAGCGGUUCCGCUUUUAUGGCCGCUCUGCCGCCCCGCUGGGCCGGCUGGGACAGCGGCAGGGCCGGGGGCGGUGGAUUAGCUGGAGGGCUGUACGAAGCGCCGGGGGAGCGCAGCAUGUGAAGCGGGAGGCCGCCGCGCGGGGCAGAAUAAAGAGGGGAUCCUUCUGCGCGGCGAGAGCCGGACGGACAGUCCGCCGGCAUGGCUACGACGGCGGAGCUCUUCGAGGAGCCUUUUGUGGCAGAUGAGUACAUUGAACGUCUGGUGUGGAGAACUCCUGGAGGAGGCUCUCGAGGAGGACCUGAAGCUUUUGAUCCCAAAAGAUUGUUAGAAGAAUUUGUAAAUCAUAUUCAAGAACUGCAGAUAAUGGAUGAAAGGAUUCAGAGGAAGGUCGAGAAACUGGAACAGCAGUGUCAGAAAGAAGCCAAGGAAUUUGCUAAGAAAGUACAAGAACUCCAGAAAAGCAAUCAGGUUGCCUUUCAACAUUUCCAAGAAUUAGAUGAGCAUAUCAGCUAUGUAGCAACUAAGGUCUGUCACCUUGGUGACCAGCUGGAGGGGGUAAACACACCACGGCAACGAGCCGUGGAGGCUCAGAAACUGAUGAAAUACUUUAAUGAGUUUCUAGAUGGAGAGUUGAAGUCUGAUGUUUUUAAAAACUCUGAAAAGAUAAAGGAGGCAGCUGACAUUAUUCAAAAGUUACACCUAAUUGCCCAGGAGUUACCCUUUGAUAGAUUUUCUGAAGUAAAAUCAAAAAUAGCAAGUAAGUACCAUGAUUUGGAAUGCCAGCUUAUUCAGGAGUUUACUAAUGCUCAAAAAAGGGGUGAAAUCUCCAGAAUGAGAGAAGUGGCAGCAGUUUUACUUCACUUUAAGGGUUAUUCUCACUGUGUUGAUGUAUAUAUAAAGCAAUGCCAAGAGAAUGCUAAUUUGAGAAGUGAUAUAUUUGAAGAUACGGCAAUACUCUGCCAACGUGUAAAUAAGCAAGUUGGAGAUAUAUUUAGUAGUCCAGAAACAGUACUGGCCAAACUUAUACAAAAUGUAUUUGAAAUCAAAUUGCAGAGUUUUGUGAAAGACCAGUUAGAAGAAUGUAGGAAGUCUGAUGCAGAACAGUAUCUUAAAAAUCUCUAUGAUCUUUAUACAAGAACUACCAAUCUUUCCAGCAAGUUGAUGGAGUUUAACUUAGGUACUGAUAAACAGACUUUCUUGUCUAAGCUUAUCAAAUGCAUUUUCAUUUCCUAUUUGGAGAACUAUAUUGAGGUGGAGAUUGGUUAUUUGAAAAGCAGAAGUGCUAUGAUCCUACAACGCUAUUAUGAUUCAAAAAAUCAUCAGAAGAGAUCCAUAGGUACAGGAGGCAUUCAAGAUUUGAAAGAGAGAAUCAGACUACGGACCAAUUUACCACUUGGGCCCAGUAUUGAUACACAUGGUGAAACCUUCCUCUCCCAAGAAGUGGUAGUUAAUCUUUUACAGGAAACUAAACAAGCCUUUGAAAGAUGUCAUAGGCUUUCUGACCCAUCUGAUUUGCCAAGGAAUGCCUUUAGAAUUUUUACUGUUCUUGUGGAAUUUUUGUGUAUUGAGCAUAUUGAUUAUGCCUUGGAAACAGGACUUGUUGGAAUUCCUUCUUCAGAUUCUAAAAAUGCAAAUCUCUACUUUUUGGAUGUUGUGCAACAGGCCAACACUAUUUUUCACCUUUUUGACAAGCAAUUUAAUGAUCACCUUAUGCCACUGAUAAGCUCUUCUCCUAAGUUAUCUGAAUGCCUUCAGAAGAAAAAAGACAUAAUUGAACAAAUGGAGAUGAAACUGGAUACUGGUAUUGAUAGGACAUUGAAUUGUAUGAUUGGACAGAUGAAGCAUAUCUUGACUGCAGAACAAAAGAAGACUGACUUUAAACCAGAAGAUGAAAAUAAUGUUCUGAUUCAGUACACUAAUGCAUGUGUUAAAGUCUGUGGUUAUGUCAGGAAGCAAGUGGAAAAGAUAAGGAAUUCCAUGGAUGGGAAGAAUGUGGACACAGUUUUGAUGGAAUUUGGAGUACGUUUUCAUCGACUUAUUUAUGAACAUCUUCAACAAUAUUCCUAUAGUUGUAUGGGUGGCAUGUUAGCAAUUUGUGAUGUGGCUGAAUACAGGAAAUGUGCCAAAGACUUCAAGAUUCCACUGGUAUUACAGCUUUUUGAUACUCUGCACGCACUUUGCAACCUUCUGGUAGUAGCCCCAGAUAAUUUAAAGCAGGUCUGCUCUGGAGAACAACUUGCUAAUCUGGACAAGAACAUACUUCACUCCUUUGUGCAACUCCGGGCUGACUAUCGAUCUGCCCGCCUGGCUCGGCACUUCAGCUGAGGUUGAGUUGGAAAGAGAAACUUGAUGUACUUUGCCCAAGCCUUGAUUUUUAGAAAGCACAGAGUAUUCCUUACUGAAUAGCCACAUUUUUACAGGAAAAUGACUUUUCAGAACAAUAUGGCAGCCAUAUUUAAACUUGAGAUUUUAUUGGGGGGAAAUGGAGACUGAUAGUCACAUUUUGCAAUUUUCUCUAAUGAUUUCAGCCAAACCUUGUAUUGUAAAUUUCUUGUCACUGUUUUCACCAUGCGAGUUAUUUACGUGGAAAGGCAAAUAAGACGUUACCAGGGUUUGUUCUUUAUCUGAUUCCAUUUAGCGACUUUAACUAUGAUGCUUAGCACAGGUUUAAAGCUGACCCAAAAUACGUUUGCUCAUCGCUUUUAAUGAUUUCUUCACUACAACCGAUCAAAUUGGUAUUAACCAAAUUCUUUUAAGGUGUUCAUAAGUAAUUUUCCAUCAUCUUAUAUGUUAUCCUACUUUGCAUAAUUUCUGCAAUUUUUCUGAGAUAUAACACUAAUCUAAAAAUGAUGUAAUAAACUAAAUUGGUGAAGCUGUUUUAUACAGAUGUUAGUCAGGGGCCUUCAACAAUAUAUUUGCUUUUGGCUUAACUCAAGAAGGUUUACAAUAUCUUGUUUGGUACAUAAAUCUUAAACAUGUCCUAUCAAGAAAUAUAUAUAUAUAUAGCCACCCCAUUUUAGAUUUUGUUACUCUAAGGUAUAAGGUGGGGUAUCUUUAUAGAAAGGACUACUUUUUUAUUUUAAAAUUAUAAGGGAAAUAAAAGGAUGAGAUAUAAUUUAAACACAUGAAAAUGUUCAUUUUUAGGAGUAGUGCUGUUUUAAAGAUUUCUGUCUUUAAAAAAUGAAAGAAUAUUCAGAAAGUCUGUCCUCCAUUUGAAGUUGAAUUGGAAGUUCAUGUGCAGCCAGCCAACUAAUCUUUCAGACAAAUUCAUUACCAAGACUGGUGGCCCAGACCCCACAAUUUCUGCCUCUCUCCUUCCUUAAGGUAUUUCUGAAAUGGAUUCCUGUUGUAGGCAAGUGAUUGAGCCAACCUAAUGUAGUGAUAGUAGAUUAAAAUACUUAGGAUAGCUUUGCCACCAAGUGGAAAUUUAGACUGUAGCUGAGCAAUUGGCUCUGCUUAAUUGAGCAGUAAGAAAACAUUCUAUAUUGGCCUGUUUCUUUUACUAAUCUCUGUAUUCUGUUCCUAGUCUUUAAGGAAUAGAACGUCUUCAAUAUUCAACUUAUGCUAACAUCCUUUAACACAACCACAGGCUUCUCUUUUCUAUUUUUAGAAAUAGGUUAUCUUCUGAAAAAUCUGUUAUUUCUUAAUAUUCAGUUGUCCUUACCCAAAUUCUUGAACUUUCUAGACCCUGGGGAUAGAUAUAAAGCAAGUCAGUAUUUACUGGUUUGUCUUCAUUUGUUCUUAGCACAGUAUUAUCAAGGUAAGCAAGGGAAAUAUAAAGUAUGCCAGAUUUUAUGAAAUCAUUCUGGAAAACUGGCAACUUUAAACAGCUGUAUAGUUCUGUUUCUUAGCAAAGAGAGAGCCACGGCAAGUUUUGGAUACUAGAAAAAGGCACAUAAAUGUACUAUUGACAUUUUAGAAAGCUUUGAUAUGAAUUCAAAUGAUACCUCUGUUACUUAAAGCCAACAAUUUUAAAGCAUUGGCUUUAAUGGCCACUUAAAAAAUGUUUGUAUACUGUGUCAAUUUGUAAACACUUUUAGUUAUUAAAUAAAACAUUAGAUGUCAUUUUAAGACUUCAAAUCAUAGAUGUGCUUCAAAGUUAUUUUGUAUGUUUCAGUUCGUUUUAAAGAUGUAAAAUGUAUGCUUGUUUAAAUAUUUUGUUAGCUAUAUUUUCCAUGUUUGAGUUCUGUGCGAUAUUUUUAUUAUGUCCAUUAUAAAGAUAGUGACAGAAAAACCCACAGUACUUAAAUUUUAGACAUGUAAACAUCCUUGCUCAAUAAACAAAUUCCCUAAA